CCAAGCCUCCUCCCGUUUGCCACCGCCGCCGCCGCCGGCGCGUAGCCCGCUUGCUCCUCCCAGCAGCCCGCCGUUUCCGUCGCCGGCUGCUCCCCGUCUCCACCCAGAGGAUUAAUCCUCUCCUGCCGCCUGCCGCCGGUCAGUGCUCUUCCUUUAGCCUAGCUUGCCACGGCAGAAUUCGGAGAAGAAGCCGAGCGGGACUAGAAAUUCCUUCAGCAAGUAACUAAAGCUCCGGAUCUUUGAUACCCGUGUCGCUACUGGAAUCGGAUUUGCUUCUCCUACUCGUAUUAGGAGUGUGGGCGUGUGGACACAGGAUUUGAUUCUCCUACUGGACUCGGUUUGUUAUCUAUAUAAGCACAGACAGGAGCCUCCCUUUCAUCUGAAGAAAUUUGUCCAAGCACCAGGUCUUUGCAACUUACAGUUACUGAGCAGAUUUAGCCAGGAGUCUGCCUUCCCUCAGUUAUACUGAAUAAGUUUGUCAGUUUGGCCGAAGUUCCAGAUCUUUGCAGAGAGAGGAGACCCUGCUCCCAUGGAGCUAAGUAGCGUCGCCUCGAUGAUGAGCUUAGGGAGUCUAGCUAUACAACGAACAUAUUUGUGCUCCCUAGUCUUCAGACUCUUGCCAAAGCUGCUAGGCUUCACUCCCAGUUCACUGAAGAAAUUAUGCAAAGAUGUUCAUCCACCACUGACGGAGACUAUUGUGGGCACGUUGCCUGAGCUGCCUCAGGACAUCUUGAUGGGUAUCUUUGCCACCCUUGAAAUCCCUGACUUCGUACGUGCCGGUGCUGUCUGCCGCUCUUGGCGCUCUGCAUAUACCAGCUUACGAAGCCUUGGGCAGUAUAAACUAUCGCCGUGCCUCCUCCAUACUUCUGAAUCUGCUGGUGAUAGCUCUGCUUGCCUCUACAGCCUCACUGAAAGGAGAUCGUACAAGUUAACUCUUCCGGAGCCACCUCUCCGCUCUAGGUGUUUGAUCGGGUCCUCUCAUGGCUGGCUAGUUACUGUUGAUGAGAGAUCUGAGAUGCAUCUUGUCAAUCCGAUCACAUGUGAACAGAUUGCUCUACCUUCGGUGAUCACCCUCGAGCAGGUGAAGCCCAUCUUUGAUGAGUACGGUGUUCUCCACAAGUAUGAAUUGUCUUGGCUCACUGGAACAACUACUCGCUAUGUCUCGCCGUUGAUCUUCGCUCUUGACAAGCUGCGGGAUGAACUCCACUAUAAGGCGUUUGUGUUCCCUGAUACAUCCACGGGAAGCUACAUUGUGGUGCUCAUCCAUAACCCAAUGCGCCAGCUCUCUUUUGCAAGGCUAGGGGAUGAUAAAUGGACCUGGCUGCCGCCUCAUGAUCUCUAUUGUGAUUGCAUUUACAAGGAUGGCCUGUUAUAUGCUGUGUCUAAAAGGGGAGAACUUCACACUUUCGAUAUUAGUGGCCCUGUGGUCGCAAUGAAUAUGGUCAUAAGCAUACCCAGGAAGGAUUACUGUGAGUAUUUGUACAUUGUUCAAGCUCCAUGGGGUGAUCUUCUGCUCAUUUGGAGAAUCUUUGAGGAUUUUAAUCUGGAACCUGAUCCUGGGGCAUCUGUGUUUUGGAAUACUACAAAAUUCAGAAUAUAUGAACUUGAAGCUUCCGGAAGUAAACUUAAGGAAAUCAAUUGCUUGCGUGACCAUGUUUUGUUUCUUGGGCAUAAUGAAUCACUUUGUCUCAGUGCUGAACAAUAUCCGUCUCUCAGGGCAAAUCAUGCCUACUUUACUGACGAUAAUAUGUUCUGGACAUUGGGAUUUAAGAAUAAUCACCGUGACAUGGGAAUUCUCAACUUGGAUGAUAACAGCAAGGAAGAACUCAUAUCUUCUCAGCUUUGUUCCAACUUUCCGGCUCCGAUUUGGAUUACACCUGAUCUGAGAAAUAUGAACUUGGCUUCAGGUGCUGCUUGAAAAAUGGUUUAGUGAGUCUUCAGUUGCGUGGUUUGCUAGGUUAUUGUGCUUCGUAAAGGAAGUCAUGGACAAACUAUUCAAGUGAUCACUUGGACCCUGACUCCGCCCACUCUAGCUUCGACCCAGUUGAAUAAAUAGUUUGAGUUUUUUCUUUGUUUAUCCAUGAUAUAAUCUUGUACAUCACACAGUUCAAUGUUUCAAUGGAAAACUUGAGGAAUACCCAA